AUGAUAUCGCCGGAGCUCCAGCCCCGAUCCUUCCGCCCCUACAUAGCCUCCUCCCUCAGCGCCCCAUCUUUCUCCUCCUUCAACAACGAUGGCCGUUCCUACUCCCCCGAACAAUCCGCCACCGCGACCGGCGGCUCCAACUCUCACUACCCUGCCGGCGCUCAGUCCUCCUCCGCUGCCUCAAGAUCCCGAUUCUCCCCUUCAUCCUUCUCCCACAACGCCAGAAUCGCCAUUGCUCUCGUCCCCUGCGCCGCCUUCCUCCUCGAUCUCGGCGGCGCUCCCGUCGUUGCUACCCUCACCCUAGGCCUCAUGCUCUCCUACAUCCUCGAUUCCCUCGACCUCAAGUCUGCCGCCUUCUUCGGAGUAUGGCUCUCUCUGAUCGCCUCUCAGAUUGCUUUCUUCUUCACCUCCUCCCUCAUCUCCGCCCUCAGCUCCGUCCCCCUCGGGCUCCUCGCCUCCUUCCUCUGCGCGCAGGCCAAUUUCCUCAUCGACGUCUGGGCCGCUCUCCAGCUCAAGUAG